AUGGCAGGUAGAUACCCCAGGAACGUGAACAAAAAGCGGACGGACAAAAGCGUUUUCAGCGGAGAACUGACAGCAGAGGAAUUAAAUCAUCUGCGAAAAGAUGACAGGAACCCCGCGGUUGCGUUGAGAGCUCGGAAACCAUUGUUGAAAACUCUCCUCCUUCAGGAUGACUUGGGGGAUGAGACGAUGGCAAGUCUCCUAGAUGUUCUCCUCUCAGUUUCAAAGACAGGAGGUGAUGAUGCAAAGGAGGUAUAUCGGUUCUUAGCAAGCAGGCAGUUCAUCAAGGUUCAUAUGCUUCUGUUCGUCCUGAAGUGCAGGAUGAACAUUGAUUCGUGCUGUAGUGGGAAUAUUCUUCUCAAAGUCAUAUCGGUAUUGAUGGCAUUUUACCAGUUAGGACUCGAAAGCGUCAAAAGUUUUCAGAUGGUUGCCGCAGUAUUACAUGAUACAAUUGAGUAUGGUGUGAACAUCCCCGAUAGAAAAAGAUAUGCAAACGGGCUCACGGAUGUCACGAUGAUACUCAACAACGAGGAAAGUGGUAAAGAAGAAUCCGCCGAAGACAUAUGCAACAUUCCCAUAUUUCCUACAGCUGGAGAAGUAGCUGAUCCAGAUAUUGCAGUACUUUGUGAUGCAACCACUGAGGAGGGUCCUUCUGUGAAAAACUAUCUGGAAUGCCACUACCGACUUUUGAGGGAAGACAUCGUACAACCCCUUCGUGCAGUGAUUUCUAAGUAUCACCAAGUAAAGAGAGAAAUGGGGCUAGAUGCGGCGAAGAGGGAAUGCCAUAUCAUUGAUGAUGUCAAAUUGCAUGAGAUCAUCACAACACAUCCAUCCAAAGGUGUGACGUUUCGAGUUCAGUUUGACACAUCUUCCCUACAGAAUGUGUCAUGGGAGACAACAAGGAUCAUGUCCUUUGGGAAUAUGGUUUGUCUGACCAACAACCACUUCCAUGAUAUGAUUUUCGCCACAGUUGCGAAGCGAGACCCACAGUGGCUGAAGCAAGGAUUUGUAGAUCUCCGACUCUUCAGGCAGGAAGAUACAGGAUUGCUCGUAUCAGGUGCUCACUUUUUCAUGAUCGACUCUCGAAAGUAUGUUGAAGAAUCACACACGGUUUUGGAUGCCAUGCGACAAAUCGGCACCACUUCCUUUCCUCUGGUAUCGCAUGUUGUCUACCAAAUGGCAGAAAAUGAGAAUAUUCCCGACAUGCAAUACGACGUUGGUCCUCUGAUGAAGGACGAGCACACUGCAAGGAGGUCUAGAAAUCGAACAUGGCAUACGCUGCUACUGAACAAGAAAAUGUGGCCUCCAACUGAUCAGCUUUGUGUCGAUGAGCACCAACUGGCCGCGAUACAGGCAGCUCUCACGAAGAAGUUAACUGUCAUCACCGGUCCACCAGGGACCGGAAAAACGUAUGUAGGUCUGAAGCUUAUUCAGAUCUUUGUUCUUAAUAAGGAUCGAUGGAGUCAUGUUGCAGAUUCACCUACCAAGGGAAAUGAUGGUGGACCCCUUCUCUUCAUGUGUGCCAGUAAGGAAACUCUUGAUGAUUGUCUUACUGGAGUCUCGUUCUUUCAGCGGAGCGGAAUAGUGAGAUGGGCUGGUCAAUAUACACGAAAGACUUUGGAAGGAUAUCAAAUUGAAAAUCUGCGUGAAGAUAAGGCUGCAUCAAUAGCUUCUGAAGACCAUUUGUCUAGUAAGAAACUGGAAAAUCGCAAGAGGAGACUUGGGAAUGUGCAGGUCAACAUCGCAAAUCUUCGAACCAAGAUAUUCCCGGAAGAGAUCCUCAAAGUGGUCAUGGAUGAAAAACACUACCAGAAGCUGAAAGCCGGGACAGAACUGAAUUCCUGUUCAGUAAUCUUGGAGUGGCUUCUGUCAGACAACAGCUGUGGAGACGAUAUGCAUAAACUUGAGGAAGGUAUCCCAUUCGGUUUGUCCCGCUUUACAUGUCAGGAUGGAGACGGAGAUGCCUGGUUUGAACAAAGUCUUCCAUUUGUACUCGACUCUCUAGCUCCAAACCUGUCAUACCAGACAAGGAUCUUUGUGAGUAAGCAAUUUACUUCCAGGGACAAGAUGACAGAUUCAGAGUCAAAGAAGGUAGAAGAUGUCUGGGGAUUGCAUUCGCGAGACCGGUGGAGAAUCUAUCAAUUCUGGAUUUCAAAACUGGAAGCCAGAGGCCGUCAAAGAGCCAUAGCCAUCUUCAAGGAGAUGGAGCAGAUCUGCCUUGAUUGUCAGAAGAUGCAUGACGUCAUUGAUGAAUCUAUUCUUAGUUCUGCGUCUGUAAUAGGCAUGACUGCUUCAUCGGCUGCUAAGAACCGAAGGGUUCUACAACGUAUCAACCCACGAGUCAUCAUCAUUGAAGAAGGAGCCGAUGUUCUUCAGUCAAUAACGUCGGGCAUAAUCCCAUCUGCCUGUCAACAGCUCAUCAUCAUCGGAGACAAUGUCCCCAAAGUAGACCAAUUUCAAGCAGUAAGGAAAAUCGCAGACGUGCACGGCAUUCAUGCUACUCUUAUGCAACAGUUGGUCGAAAAAAACUACUCCGUGUAUGAGCUUAAAACGCAACAUCGAAUGAGCCCGGCUUCAUCCAAGCUAAGCCGCCAACUGUUCAGCUACGAAUACCAGAGUGACCAGUCAGUCAUUGACCUACCAUCAAUUACUGGAAUUAAGCACAACGUCUUCCUCAUAGAUCACAAUAUACACACAUCUCCAGGAAAUCACGAAGCCUCGUUAUUAUUGGAACUAUUUAGCUAUCUGCUAGGUCAGGGCUUUUCACGGAAACAGAUCUCAAUCCUUGUCUCAUUCCCAGCCCAGCAGAAACUCUUCGGCAAUGACAUGAAGGACCGACUUCUCACCGUUGAUAACUUCCGAGGUGGGAAUGACAUCGUCUUGUUCAUGAGUAACGGAAGCGAAAGAGGAAGCAGGCCGGGAGGUCUGCUUACGGAUCAACGUAUCGCCACUGUGUUGAGCGGCGCAGGAAGAGGAUUCUGCUUAAGGAGAAGCAUGGGUGUGGACUACCAUGUCAAGCUCGCCUGGACUGUGGUCAUGGCUGUAAGGAACCGUGUCAUGAUCAUGACUCUGAGCAAGCAAAAGUCGUUUGCAAGCAGCCUUGCAACAAAACCAUCUGUGAAAAUGGCCAUAAGUGCACCAGGAAUUGCUCCGAACCAUGUGAAACGAAGUGCAGAGAGAAGAUGGAAAAAACAGCUGUCAUGCGGUCACUUCCAACGUCUCCCAUGCCUUCUAUCCCCAAGUCAUGCUACAUGUAGAGAUAAAUGUGAACGGUUGCUUAGCUGCGGUCACAAAUGCGCUGGCAUUUGCGGAAACCCAUGCAAGAAGGAAAUCUGUGUUGAGAAGACAAAAAAAUCCAACUGGCCUUGCAAACAUACUGUGGAGGUGCGUUGCUGCGAUGGCCCAGAAUCGUGUCCAGAACCAUGUAACUUUGUCUUAGCAUGUGGGCACCCGUGCUCCGGAACUUGUGGAAAAUGUCGGCGUGGAAGACUCCAUGUGGUGUGUCAACAGCCCUGUGGUCGGACACUUGUCUGUGGCCACUCUUGUGAGAGUAAUUGUGCGGCACAGUGUCCUCCUUGCACGAAGCAAUGUCAAAAUAGAUGUCAGCACAGUGAAUGCAGGAAGCUUUGCGGGGAAGCUUGUAUACCAUGUAAGGAAUCAUGUCUCUGGCGAUGUUCUCAUGUCUCGUGUGCGAAGUUGUGUGGAGAGCCUUGCAACCGGAAGCCAUGUAAUGAACCUUGUAAGAAGAAUCUCCCUUGCGGACAUCCCUGCAUUGGAAUGUGUGGAGAAAGGUGUCCAACCAAGUGCCGUGUGUGCAACAGAGAGGAGGUCACAGAGCUUCUUUUCGGUAGCGAGGACGAAGAAGGCGCAAGGUUUGUUCAGUUGGAGGACUGUGGUCAUGUGAUCGAGGUCGAGGCCUUGGAUCAGUACAUGAGCAUGACCCAAGAUAGCAGUGAUGACGUCACUAUUCAGCUGAAAGGCUGUCCCAAAUGCAAAACGCCCAUUCGAAGAAAUCUCCGCUAUGGUAAUAUCAUCAAGCAGACCCUAGGAGACGUGGAGAAUGUGAAGACUAAAAUGAGAGGAAGCGAAUCAGAGAUCGAAAGCAAGAUGAACGAGCUCAGAGCUAAAUUGUCUCUACUCAGAAGCCACACGGCUUUUAGAGACAGAUUUCUCAACGAGGAAGACUUGCAGAAACUGAUCGAGAACCUGACGCAGAGGAAACAUCUAGAGAGGAUACUCGCUUGCCUCAACAGAUGCGCGUUCUUGCGAGCGAUUGCCGAUAUCCGUGCCAAGGUGUCAACUGCAGGUGCGAACUUCGAGUUUAACAUUCGAAAACAAGCGGUAGAAAUGCAAAUCCGAGAACUGAAGAACGAAGUCGUCUGGGGAGAGCUGGAUAAGUUCACGGAUCAGCAAAUGAACGAUGUACAACAAGAAAUUUCUCGGGCUAAUCUUCAGACACAGGCCAUGAUGGCACUUACGCGCAACAUGGCCAUGUUGAAUCGAAACAUGCAGAGUCGUCAUCUUAGAGCCUUCGACAGUGUCGUUGACAAGGAUACACCAUUUACCAGUGAGAAGGAAGUUCAGGCAACUCGGCUUCUUCGACAACUUAAGCAGGAGGUGGGCCAUGUAGUUCUCGGCAUCACCGAUCAAGAACGCGUUGAGAUUGUCAAAGCCAUCGGUCUCAGUCAAGGCCAUUGGUACAAAUGUCCAAAAGGUCACGUGUAUGCGAUCGGCGAAUGUGGGGGUGCUAUGGAAGAGACCAAGUGCCCCGAGUGUGGAGCGAAAAUCGGUGGAGGGAGACACCGUUUGACCGCUGGAAACCGAGUGGCGAACGAGAUGGAUGGUGCUACUCAAGCUGCAUGGCCGACCGCUGCUGUCAUCGGCUACGAGGACUAUCAAGAGGAAGAUCAGGGGAUCGACUACGCACAGGAGCUGGGGAUCGAUCUUCAAGAACAGUUCGAAAUCGAAAGACAACUUAGGGAAGUUCGUUAUAGAGAGUGGGAUGAUUAUGACUAGGACUGGGACUGUGAAGAGCUAUAGUGGCUGUCAGUGAGAAGAGAAAGAACACAAAAGGACGAGACAUGAAACAUAAAGAUUCGGAAAGGAGGGCGGCGUGCUAGAGAAGAAAACGCAAUGGAAGGACAGAAACAUGAAUAAAUGCGUGUGCAAAUUUAGAUGGAGCGAGUUCUGAACAAAAAGAGACAAUAUAGACAAGAAAGACACACAAUGACUGUUCACGCCCUUUUGCCUCUAAAUAUAAAGUUAUAACAAGUGGUUAAGACAUUUCAGGAUCAUUAGCAGUUAAUUUGCUUUAGUAUUUUCUCAUCACCAAACUCCAAUUCAUAACAAAGAAUACAUCAUGCGCCAUUAUGGUGAUAUAUAUAUAUAUAUAUAUAUAAUAUAUUUAAUGUGGUAAAGAUAAUUUGCUAAAUAUACUCCUCACGAUUGUUUUUUUUCUAUGUCCAUGAGGCCUAAUUCUGAUGUUUAACUAGCUGAAAUGCUGUCUUCUAAAUGAAUCCUGCUCUGAAUAUGACAAAAUGAUAACAUGAUUUGAAGCUAUUUCUUGAUGUAUGUGUAUAUUUCAUGUCUUUGGAAUAAAGGUAAUGAAAACCAUUGAAAUGUGUAUUGUUAAGUCCAAGAGAGCUGUUGUUGGGGAAUUGUUAUUUGCAACUAUAACAAUAUUUUAUGUAUUUUGGCAUAAUAUAAACGGUACGUAAGGAAAAUCAAUAAAUUGCGAAUUGUUCUGUAUACAAACAGGCUUGUUGCUUAAAAUUAAAAUAUUUGCACAUAAUCUGUUCAUCUCUUUGUAUAUUUUGAUGUAUUUGACAUAUCGGCGCCACCUAGGAAACCAUUGAAUAGUGCAUUUUUUUGGACAAACUUGGAUAAGGAUAAUUGCAACUAUCCGUUAAUCUCUUUGUACAUUUCAUGUAUUUGGUAUAUAGGUAGUAAGAAAAAGAAAAGUGAAAAUGUGUAAUGUUUUGCUACAUUAUUAUCUGGGAAAGCAUUGAAUUGUGCAUUGUAUUGUACUAACAAGUUUGUUGUUAAGGAUUGAGAAUGUUUCCAACUAUAAUUAUGUUUAUCUCUGUGUAUAUAUAUUUGAUGUCUUUGACAUAUAGACGUCAGGAAAACAAUAGGAUAGUAUAUUGUCUUUUACGGACAAGUUUGUUGUUUAGGAUUAUAAUAUUUGCAACUAUCUUAUAGUCUUUGUAUAUAUUUGAUUUUAAUGACAUAAUAUUACAGACGUUAGGAAACCAUCGAAUUGUAUACUGAUUCGUAAACACAACAUCUUGGAUGAGGAUAAUUGCAACUGUCUGUUAAUCUCUUUGUACAUUUCAUGUAUUUGGUACAACUAUAUAUAAUUAGGUAGUAAGAAUAAUAAGUGAAAAUGUGUAAAGUGUUGCUACAUAUUAGAGACGUGUGGGAAACCAUUGAAUUGUACAUUGUUUUGGGCUAACAUUGUUUUGGGCUAACAAGUUUGUUAAGGAUUUAGAAUGAUUGCAAUUAUCUGUUUAUCUCUUUGUAUAUUUGAUGUCUUUGACAUGUAGACGUCAGGAAAACAAUUGAAUUGUGCAUUGUUUUUAGUGUACAAACAAAUUUGUUGUUUAGGAUUAUCAUAUUUGCAACUAUCUUUUUAUCCAUUGGUAUAUUGAUGUCUAUGACAUUUAUAGACGUCAGAAAGCCAUUGAAUUGAGCAUUAUUUUGUACAAACAAUUAAGUUUGCUGGAUAAGGAUAAUUUCAACUAUCUGAUUAUCUUUUUGUAUUUGGUAUAUGAUUGAGUACAUGUAGUAAGGAAAAUUUGUAAUGUUUUGUAACAUAAAAUUAUAAACGUCUGGGAAACCACAGAAUUGUGCAUUGUUUUAAACCAACAAAAUUGUUGUUUAGGCUUUAGAACAUUUGCAACUUGUUUGUGUAUCUCUUUGUAUAUUUGAUUUCUUUGACAUAAUUAUAGAAGUCACAAGGCCAACAACGUUGUUAACAACACUACAUAAGAAUGCACCAUGCACCUUCUUCAUAGAGACGUUCAUGUUCACAAGGAAAAUCGUUAAAUAUUACAUUGGUUGUAUAUACCAGACAUAACUUUUGAUAAUUAGGACUACAUCUCCGGCAAAAUUGUAAUUUUGCACUGUCUUGUAUAGAAUAUGAAUGUGUUCUGGUUAGCAUUAGACUAUUUGCAAAUAUACUAUAGGCCUAUGAAUUUGUUUUACGCCUCUGGAAUAGAGACAUUAUUUUAAACAAGGAAAUUGUUUAGAUUACGGUGUCCUGUAUACAAACAUGAAUGCUUUCUGUUUAGAAUUAAUAAGACUAUUUUCGAAUAUAUCAUACGUCUAUAAACUUUUAUAUCUUGCAUCAAAAAUUUGUUGGAUUUUGAUUGGUUGAGAGCUCGUCACAUGACCAGAAAUA